AUGUCACAUAGAUUAGGAGGUCGUAGAAAAAAUGUUAAAAAAGGAUUACAAUUUACUGUAAUGGUAGUUGGUGCAUCGGGAAGUGGACGAACAACUUUUGUUAAUACUCUUUGUGGUAAAGAAGUUUUAUCCAAAAAAUCAUGCGAUGAUCCUGAAAAUGCUCUUGUUGAGGAAGGAAUUCGUAUCAAACCUGUUACUGUUGAAUUGGAAGAAGAUGGCGUUAGAAUCGCUUUAACAAUAGUAGAUACGCCUGGAUUUGGUGAUAAUAUUGACAAUGGAUUUUGUUUCCAAGAAAUUGUGGGUUACUUAGAAAGACAGUAUGAUGAUAUUCUUGCAGAAGAAUCAAGAAUUAAGCGUAAUCCAAGAUUUCGUGAUAAUAGAGUUCACGCACUUCUUUAUUUUAUUACACCGACAGGCCAUUCACUUCGUGAAAUAGACAUUGAACUAAUGAAAAAACUUAGUCCACGUGUCAAUGUCAUUCCUGUUAUUGGCAAAGCUGAUACUUGUACACCAAGUGAAUUAGUUGAUUUUAAAAACAGAAUAAUGGAUGACAUUGAUCACUAUAAUAUUCCUAUUUAUAAUUUUCCAUAUGAUAUAGAAGAAGAUGAUGAUGAAACUGUUGAAGAGAAUAGUGAAUUAAGGGCACUUUUACCCUUUGCUAUUAUUGGUAGUGAAGAAGAAAUAAUUGUUAAUGGAAGAUCUGUUCGUGGACGUCAAUAUCCAUGGGGUGUAGUAGAAGUAAAUAACCCACAACAUUCUGAUUUUGCUAGGUUACGGUCUGCAUUAUUAAGUUCUCAUUUACAAGAUUUGAAAGAAAUCACUCAUGAUUUCUUGUAUGAAAAUUAUCGUACUGAAAAACUUAGUAAGACUGUCGAUAAUCCAUCUGAUGACGUUAACAUUCUACCUGAAACAUCUAAAAAUGUCAAAAUUAAAGAAGAACAAUUAAAACGCGAAGAAGAGAAGUUGAGAGAAAUAGAAUUGAAAGUAACAAGAGAAAUCACUGAAAGAAGACAAGAGCUUUUGGCCAAAGAGGAAGCUUUAAGGAAUUUGGAAGCACAAAUUAGCUCAGGCUCAAGAUAUGAAACAAAUGGUUAA